AUGAGUAGUCGAAGUUUGUCGAGGACUAGGCGCAGGUCUCGAUCUGGGUCAGUAAGUAGGGAUGAUCAUAAUCAUGAUCAUAGAAGUGGUUGGAGUUCGCUUCAUAUCAUGGCUCGUAGAGGGGAUUUAGAAGAGGUUAAGCGUCUUCUGGAGGAGGAGGGAAUGGACGUGAACGUGGCUGCAUGCGGCUCCAAAUCGACAGGCGUAACUCCUCUCCACCUGGCUGCCGAGGGUGGCCACCUCUCGGUCAUGGAGGAAUUACUGGAGCGUGGUGCGGAUAUUGAUGCUAAAGCUAAGAAUGUCAAUGGCGGUUCGUGUGGCUGGACUCCGCUCCACUAUGCGGCCAAGCAACGGAAGAGAGAAGCAGUGAAGUUUUUGGUUGAGAAUGGGGCGUUCUUAGCACCAGAUAUCAAUGAUUGCAGGUUCAACCCUCCAAUCUACUACUGUGUUGGCCUUGACUGGGCUUAUGAGGAGUUUGAACGUCUGCAACGAGAGAAGAAGAUUAUCUCAUCGUCAUCAUCAUUAUCAUCUUCUCCUUCUGAUGAGGAGACUAAUUAUUUCACUUCUGAAACCUAA